GAAGGAAACGAGCAAAAGUGCUUCUGGCACUUAUCGCGUUACUUGCUUCCUUUUUCUUAGUGAAUUAUGUAAUGCUUCUCCGUCUCCAACAUCAACAGGAGGAUGAACCCCAUCCUAUUGCUAAAUCAACACUUCCUUCCUCUCUUUCACUUUCUCUUCAGGGAAAAUGGAACAAGAAUGGUAAUAAGAAAAAAAUGCUCAAGGGAAAUUAUGCUAGGAUGUUGGCCUUGGCUGCCCAUGCCUUGGCAGAGAACAAACGUGAACCAAAAGAUUUGUGGCAGGAACCCUUGGUUCCUGCUUCUUCUUGGAGACCUUGUUCUGAUCAGCGAAAUUGGGAACCUAAUGGUAUGUAUGUGUGUCUGAACUGAACUAUGAAAUUUGACAGUUCUUUAUAUUAUGUCUACUAGCGGGAAACAACUACUAACAUGUUUGUCUGUCCACCUUUCCAUUGCGCUUCAUUGUUUAUAUGUUUUAUUGUUCUUGUCUAGAACAAAAAGUCCAGGUCACUGUACCAAUAGAACCAAUAAAACCCUAAAUGAUGGAUAACCUAGUAUUUUAGGAUAUGUGCAAAGUCUGAUUUCUCUCUCUGCCCUUUAGCCUAUUAUACCGGUCUCCAAUUCUAAGGUUGGACCCCGUUUUUUACCCCAGGCCCAACCCUUAUUUAGGUCCUAAGCCCUAGCCCCUAGCUAGAUUUUAUUGGACUGCUCGGUCACCACAAGCGCUUGUGCCCUUCGGCCUUGACGUUGGGAGCUGUGCUCGGUACCAAUUUUAUGGGAGUUAUUUUGGAGUAUAUAAGUAUAGAUAUUGUGUAGAUGCAUAACUACAAAGGAAGAAAGGCUAAUUGGUCCAUAAAUGAGUACUCACAGUUUGCUUUCUUCUUGUCUACUCCUUCAAUAGAGGGAAAUAAUGGAUACAUUUUGGUUACGGCAAAUGGUGGGAUCAAUCAACAACGGGUAGCUGUUUGUAAUGCUGUUGUUGUGGCGCGGUUACUCAAUUCAACUUUGGUUAUCCCCAAAUUUAUGUACAGUAGUGUAUGGAGAGAUCUGAGUCAAUUCAGAGACAUCUAUCAGGAAGACCAUUUUAUUAACAACUUGACUCCUGAUAUUCGGAUAGUGAGGGAACUUCCUAAGGAACUACAGUCUUUGGACUUGGAGGUGAUUGGCAGUGUUGUGACAGAUGUUGACAUGGGGAAGGAGGCCAAGCCAAGCUUUUACUUGAAACACAUCCUACCUAUUAUACUUAAAAAUCAAGUUGUUCACUUUAUUGGAUUUGGGAAUCGCUUGGCAUUUGAUCCGAUACCAUUUGAGCUGCAGAGACUUCGUUGCAGAUGUAAUUUUCAUGCUCUGCAAUUUGUUCCCAGAAUACAAGAAACCGGUGCUUUGCUUCUCAAGAGGUUGCGUGGACAUGGAGGUCUUAUUGGACCAUUAGAUCGGUAUCUUGUCGGUCAAUUUGGAGAAUUAAAUAUGGAGAAAAGUGAAUUUCUUUCCAAGAAAGCAUCCAAAUACCUAGCUCUGCAUCUCAGAUUUGAAAUUGACAUGGUAUCUCAUUCUUUAUGUGAAUUUGGGGGAGGUGAAGAAGAGAGGAAAGAAUUGGAAGCCUAUCGUGAAAUCCAUUUUCCUGCACUGGCACACCUGAAAAACACUACAAAAUUACCUUCUCCGUCAGAGCUCAGGUCUGAAGGGCUAUGUCCAUUGACACCCGAAGAAGCCAUCCUUAUGCUUGCUGCUCUUGGUUUUACCCGCAAGACAAACAUAUAUGUAGCUGGUUCUAAUUUGUAUGGAGGUCACUCACGGUUGGUUGCUUUGACCAGCUUGUACCCUAAAUUAGUCACAAAAGAGACCUUGCUUUCUUCAGCAGAACUCGAACCAUUUGCAAAUUAUUCAUCUCAGUUAGCAGCACUGGACUACAUAGGAUGUGCUGCAUCGGAUGCAUUUGCAAUGACUGAUUCAGGAAGUCAGCUAUCAUCUUUGGUGUCAGGGUAUCGAAUAUAUUAUGGUGGAGGAAGAAUGCCAACUAUACGUCCAAAUAAACGCAGACUUGCUAGUAUAUUCAUGAAGAACUCUACAAUAGAAUGGCGUAUUUUUGAACAGAGAAUGAGGAAAGCAGUUAGACAAACUAAACAUGUACUAACAAGGCCUAAGGGAAGAAGUGUUUACAGAUAUCCUAGGUGUAAAGAAUGUAUGUGCAGGACAAUUUGAUUUAUUUACAUUAGCUUGACUUCAACUGCCCAUUAAUUUGUAACAUUGUUAAUCAUUAUUCCUACUAAUUUUUUUGUCCUUCUGGCUAAAUUAAUUAAUCCAUAGAGUGACUUUGCAUGGGAUUUAUUUAUGUAACUGUAAACAGAGAAGGCCUAAGGCAAGAACUGUUAACAUUAUCUCAGGUGUAAAGAAUGCUUGUGCAGCACAAAUUUAUUUAUUUACAUUAGCUUGACUGUUGUUGCCCAUUGUAAUUUGUAA